UGAGCGCCUGUGCUGCGGGUGCACGGGUGCACGGGCCGCAGAUGCAACUUGACACUUGGGUCUCUGGGACAACCGACAACAAAAAGGCCAAGCCUGCCGGGCAGCAGCCGGCUAUCAGCUGGGGGAGACGCCCCACGUGGGGUGGUGCUGUGGGCCGCAGCAGCCGCCAGGAAAGAGGUGUCCACGGAGGCCAGGGACAGAAGACGCACGUGGGCUGCUCCUAGACAAGGCACCCCCCGCCCCCCAAGUCCGCAACUGAACGGCAGGGCCCAGUCUCCCACUUAAACAGUGGUGGCACGGACAGUCAGACGGACGGACAGACGGACGGGGGCCCAGGCUUCUAGGGCGCUCUGCCUUUUCAAACACUCGCCAGCCGGGACCUGCCCUGCUUCUUAGGCGAAAGGAGGCUGAGGCGGGGCCCAGGCGACAGGACCUUCCUCCAACAACACACCCGGGGCAAAGCCCGGCAGGUGCCCAGCGCACCAUGGCUGCCGGCACCUUCGUGCAGGAGAUGCACGCCGUGGGCCAGAGGCUGCUGCUGAAGCUGCAGAGGCUGCCGCAGGCCGACCCCGUGGAGAUCGCUGCCUUCUCCAUCCUCGUCAUCUUCACAGGNACUGUCCUGCUGCUGCUGCUGGUUGCCUGCAGCUACUGCUGCGCCCACUGCUGCUGCCCCUAACAGCGGGUCAGGAAGGUCCAAGUGCGGCCCGGGACCCCGCCGUGAGGGAUGGGGGGCGAGGUGGAAGGAGGACGACGGAGCGGAGCGAGGUGGCCUACAGCCCAGGAAUGCGACUGACCGGCCAACCGGCUACGGGACCACCUGGGAUGCUUUCGGACAACCAGGGAGACGGCCCCAUCUCUUGAUGGAGAAGAGCCAGCACCUGUGGGGAGCUAACCAAUGGGAAGGACCCUGUGCAAUCACUAUUGGAUGCCAGUGGAAGCAUGUCAGUAUUCCACCAAGUCUCCCCCCACCGCACCCCGUCUCUCUCCAAGAGGCAGCUUUUGGAUUAUGCACUGUUGUUGUGGGCCAGGCGCGGCUUUGGGCAGAGAGUAGAACUCCAGGGUGUGACUAGGCACCGGGCUCUCCCCAGGCCCAACUGCUGUGUGUGCCCAGGAAAGCUGGAAAGCACACAGGUGGGGGGUGUGGUGGUACAGAGGGACUGAAGGGGAUGUCCAUCCCAGAUAAGGGCCAGGCGCGGGAACCACUGACCACUUCCCCUGCCAGCCACUGCCCUACAGGCUCCUGUCACUGGGCCUCUUACAUGUCUGAAGUAAAAGAGGCUCAGCUCCAAGAGGUGUGUCACCUGCACCCCAACCCCUCACUCUGGGACACUUGUCUGCUUAUCACACCCUCACUCCACCACCUGGCUGCUGUGGGAGAGCAAGCCGGGGACACCACCAACCCGAGCAACUCCAGCCUGGGUCCCCAUUCUGAGGCCCAGUCCUGCUGAACUGCUCCCCCACCUGUCACCCGUUUACCCUGUCUCCUGGAGAUCUCUGCAGGCGUGGUGGCAAGCUCAGGAAUGAGGGCAGGGAAGCACAGGAGUCAGCCUAGCUCCUUGGGGCUCAGCCCCUGCCCAUGGGGCUCCCUAAGACACCAGGCUGUCUCUUAGGGAGACGGGCUCCUGCCACCUUGGCUAUGUCCUCCAGGCCUGCUUGCUCCAGCUGGCCAUCCAGGCCUGGGCAGCUGGAACGGGCUGGGCAGGUGACACACAAUCAGGGCCGGUUUCACUUCCUGAUUUCCCUGGACUCACCGGGCAGGUUUGAGGUGGACAACAGAGAGGAAGUGUUUCCACACAGAUUUCAGAAGGGAAAAUAAAUCCAAGAAUCUGCCUGUA